AUGGCUUUGGACCAAUCUGUAGCAGCAGUAAGCGCAAUCAGUGCACUUGCAGCUCGCCGUCGUCUCGCUGCCAAUACACCCGUCAGGGAGCCCAGCUCAUCUCCCGAGCCUGAAGAGUCAUCUUCAGCCAGAACAAACUCAUUCAGUGUGCUACAAACCCUGAAGCGCCAAAAUGAGCCUCCCAAGUCACCCAAGAAGAAUGCAUCAAGGGGCCCUCUCAGUCGCGGCGAAUCGAGGGCGGCCUCACUAGGCAACAGGAUGAGCGGUCGUGGACUGACAUGGGGGAUUCCCGAUACUAGCAGCGACCCUUCUACUCCAGAUGCCGCAUCUUCAGCUACUCGAGUGCAAUACUCAUCUUUCUUACUCAAUAAAAACAACUGCCGUGUCACGACGAAGGGCACCGUUGCGCUGAAGCUCAGAGACAGCGAGCGAUUCAUUGUCAUUGGAAGCUUUGGAAUCAAAGUGUCAGCCGGAGAGGUGACCAUCUUCGGGGCAACACUGAAGCCAUCAGAUGCGAUACACUGGGUUCAUGCCCCUCACUGCCAUGCAAUCCCCGUCAUCAGAACCUCGGAAAAGGUCGCCCUAGAGCUUCACAGUGAUUCGAAUGCGGACGGCCUGCGGCGCUUGAGCCGUCUAUCACCUCUGUUCAGAGGCAUAUGGGGCGAGUCCAAGGAUGACUCUACAGAAGCAACCCUAGGAAAGGGCCGAACCUUCCAGAUUGUAUGCAGCUCUGAUGACGCCCCUAAGAAGUGCGUCAUACAAGAGCUCUCAUCUCCUCCAGCAUGGAACAAGAAGUUGGCCGACCUCGUCACAGUAGCCAAGAAUGGCCCGUUGACGACUCUUGUAUGCGGCCCCAAGUCUGCCGGGAAAUCGACCUUUUCCAAAAUGUUGGCGAAUCGUCUCUUGACGAGCGAAACAGCGGCGACGGCACGCGCGGGCACCCAUGGCGUAGCAGUCCUCGACCUGGAUCCGGGACAGCCAGAGUAUGCACCUUGUGGGACGCUGUCCCUCGUCCACGUCACCCGGCCGAACCUAAGUGCUGCUUUUACCCACCCAAAUCUCGACAAUGAUACCUACAAAGUCAUCAGGUGUCACGCCCUGGCGUCUUUGACACCGGCUUCAGCCCCGGAACACUACUUGGAGUGCGUACUGGACCUUUUGGACUCCUAUCGAAGACUGUUGCGCAAUUGCCACCUUCUCAUCAACACCCCUGGUUGGAUCCUGGGUACUGGCCAGGACCUGCUUGUCGACAUCAUCUCCCGAGUCAACCCUCCAGAAGUAAUCUACAUGUCCGAAGACGGCCCUGCAGACGUAGUGGAGGUCUUGCGCGCUGCGACGAAGAGGAGCUUCACUACACUCCCCUCGCAGCCGUCAGAGUUCGCCUCCCGUACUGCGGCUCACUUGAGGGCCAUGCAGGCCAUGUCGUAUUUCCAUUUACAAAACGAGGGCAAGGCAAGCGGCGGAAUGAGGUCAAGCUGGAACUCUUCGCCGCUGUCAUCGAUGCCUCCAUUGCAGGUGCGGUAUUCUGGCUCUGGUCAAGGAAUUCAGGGCAUCUUACCAUACGACUACCAGACUCCACCAGAGCUACUUUCUCAGGCAGUCAAUGGAAUGAUUCUCGCCGCGGUUGAUGUCGAGGACUCCAAAGCAUUUCGCAAUCUUGCCAGCACUGCGGCAUCACCGGACGAGAACGGAGCUUCCGCAGUAGAAGGCAUGAUCUCAAGGACAGCAGAGGGUCUGCCGUAUAUCCCCAACCCCAAUGAUAUAGCCCUCGACCCACGCUUCUCUCGCACAAUCGGCCUCGUGCUCAUCCGAGGCAUCGACACCGCCACUCAAACGCUCCAAGUCCUCACGCCCAUCCCUCUACAAACGAUAGAGCAGAUCCGUUCGCAGGGACGGCAAAUCGUGCUGGUUCAUGGAAGAUUCGACGCGCCAACCUGGGCUUACACGGAAGAUCUAUACCACCGCUCCCAACAGGGAGAUGCUGGCGCGGAGAGGGCCCUGCAGAUGGCGGGCGUGGACCCCAACGACGAGGAAGAAGAAGACGACGAAGACGAAGUCGUAGUCGCCAGCAACGAAGAAGAAGCGGCAGCGGAAACCGACGCUCCCCCACUGGAUCCAAGUGCUGGCUCCUCCACGGCCCUCCCUUGGGUGGAAGUGCUACGCGGCAGUCAGAAGCGGCCAGUCGGAUCACGCGUGUGGAGAGUGCGGAGAGACCUGGGCCGCAAUGUCGGCGGCGACUGA